AUGUCUAGCAGCAUUAUUGCGAGCUUUGAACUGGCAAAGGAAAGGUUGGUCAAUCUUCUUAAAGAAAUAAAUCAACUGGAGAUCAAAUCUCCAGAACCAAGAGACCCUAGACAAUGGCAACAAUUUUGGAGCAGUUUUAACGCAGCAGUCCACAAGCAAGCAAUUCCAGAAAUACAAAAACUGAAUUACUUGUACUCAUGUCUCAAAGGAAAAGCUCUACAAGCAAUAUCUGGAUAUGAUAUAGCUCCAGAGAAUUAUGAAGUCAUCAGAAAACUGCUCAAUGAAAAAUAUGGCGAUCACUCAAUAGUAACAACAUUACUAUACAACGAACUCCAAUCAAUUAAACGAAAUGAAAGAGAAUGGAUUGGAACAAUUGAAAAUAUAGAACGAGUACUGCGCCAGUUAGAAGCUCUAGGAGAAAGCCUUGAGCAUUCAAAUAUUGAAAUCUUGAUCGAGAGCAAGUUGCCAUUAUGGAUAUUAAAUAAAAUAUAUAAACAUAAGAAGAAGGACAUGCCUUGGUCAAUUCUCAAACUAAGAAACUUUUUAACAAGUUUAGUUAAUGUGAAUGAACAGAUUAAAAACUGUCAACAUUCACUCACUCAACUCAAUAUUAAAUCUACAACUACCAAACAGGAACAAAAACAACGAUACAAUCCCGGAGGAACUUCAGCACUGUCGACAAUAAAGGAUAAUCAAAAUACUUCAAAAACUACAACAACAAAAAGACGACCAUGUGUAUUCUGCAAUCAAGAUCAUUGGGACAGCGAUUGCGUGAACUACACGACUCUCAAUGCUCGACUUAGUCGUCUCAAAGUAUUGAAGAAAUGUACUAUUUGUCUUAGAGACAGUCACAAAGGACAGAAUUGUAAUGUCAAAAAACAAUGUUUUUAUUGCAAAAGCUUACAUAAUAGUGCUUUAUGUAAUAAAAGGAAUUCACUUUCUUUAAACAAUACAAUGUCUCAAAGAAAUGAAGAGCAUGAAAGAAUUGGACCUUCGAAACGAAAGGACUGUUCAACUUCUCUCUACAACUCCACAUUAACAACUCGAUCCAAACAGACAAAGGAAACUUUACUUUUAUGUAAGGAGAUAAAGGUUUUUAAUCCAUCACAACCUCAACUACAACAAAAUGCCCUUGCCUUAUUUGAUAUUGGAUCACAACUCUCCUUCAUCUCCAAAAAAUUAUUACGUCAAUUAAAGUUAACCGAAACAGAAACUCAAAUUAUGAGAAUAGCUCCAUUUGUAUGA